ACUUUACUCACACUGCCAACAUCACACUCGGCUAGUUAACGAUCAGUGGUCCACUUGUGUUUAUACUGCAGAGAAGAUAUCAAACUUUGUGAGUUUAUUACAUCGUCGCAGUUUUUAGGAAUAAUCAUUCUAUCAAGCGCAGCCUGGGAUCAAACAGUAGACUUACACACUUCAACGAUUUGUUGAAUUCAGUGUUUAUUAGGUGGGUGAUCGUGAUGAUAGCGUUUGCUAAGCGCGACGUGUUUGUGAUAUUGCUGUUGAGCAACAUACUUUAGAUGAUCGAUCGGGUCAAUGUACUAAAAGUCUAAAAACCGCGUUCAUAUAAUAUCUUUAGUUGACGUCCGAUUUUGCAUUUAUGAAGGAAAGAAAUACACACCUAACUGUUAUUGCUCUCCAGCUAACGUUAACUGGCUAAUACACGAAGCCACGUAGGAAGCAAAUACAGACAUCAAACAACUGAUUGUACAGGAAUUGUAACCAUAUAAAGUGAGCGGUAGGAUCUGUAUUGGUUUUGCCACGCUCACUUGUCUGUUCUUGUAAAAUGGAUGACUUCAGCUCCAUCAGUCUUCUAUCUCUGGCCAUGCUGGUCGGUUGUUACGUGGCUGGAACAAUCCCUCUGGCUGUCAACUUCUCUGAGGAGAAGCUUAAACUAGUGACUGUGUUGGGAGCAGGACUGUUAUGUGGCACUGCAUUAGCUGUCAUUAUUCCAGAGGGAGUUCAUGCACUGUAUGAGGAAAUGCUGGAAGAGGGGCACCAUCAUGGCCACGUGAAGGUGGAAGCGGAGGUGUCUGAGGCGAAGGUUGCGGAAGGAGUCGUAGGGCCCGGUGGUGAACAUGGCCAUGGUCACGAGCAGCUUCACGCAUAUAUCGGCGUCUCUUUGGUUCUCGGUUUUGUUUUUAUGUUGCUGGUGGAUCAGAUCGGCAGUUCACACAUGCACAGCACGGAUGAUCCAGAAGCAGCAAGGGCUGCUACCUCGAAGCUCACUACCACACUUGGUUUGGUCGUCCAUGCUGCAGCUGAUGGAGUUGCACUAGGAGCUGCUGCUUCCACCUCUCAGACCAGUGUCCAGCUCAUUGUAUUUGUGGCCAUCAUGUUGCACAAGGCUCCUGCUGCGUUUGGACUAGUCUCUUUCCUCAUGCACGCAGGCUUAGAAAGGAACCGUAUCCGGAAGCAUCUGUUAGUCUUUGCUUUGGCUGCCCCUGUGAUGGCCAUGCUUACAUAUGUCGGACUCAGUCAGAGCAGCAAAGAGGCACUGUCAGACGUUAACGCUACUGGUGUGGCCAUGCUGUUCUCUGCUGGCACUUUCUUAUACGUGGCUACAGUGCACGUCCUACCUGAAGUGGGUGGAAUGGGCGGUCACAGCCACUCUCCUGGGGGAGGUGGAGGAAAAGGACUGAGCAAAGUGGAGGUCGGCGCUCUGGUUUUAGGCUGCCUGAUACCCCUGGUUCUCUCAAUUGGCCACCAGCACUAGUGUUCCUUACUUGAAGCUGCAUGGAAGAUGAUGAAACCAUCUGUAAUAGUGACUGGGACUUUAAACAGCGUUGGCCAAACAAGAAACUCACAUUUCUGGUUUGAAUCAUGUCUCUGUCGGUCUAUUUAAGUUGGAGAUUGGAUUGAAUAUGAAAACAUUUGAGUCAGGGGCUGGAGUUGGGAAGCAUCUAUGGACUUCCAAAACUGGUUGAUCUGGUCCCCACAAAGCACUGUGUGCUGACAUCUUCGAAUAAAUCGUAUAUUAUGUGUCCAACUCAUUACUUUUUAAUUUCUUCAGUGGUGCUGGUUUUAGAAGUUUAAAGGAUAGGAUACAUUUGGGUUGUCUUGCAGGCUUCAGAAUUGGUGUUCUUUUGCUUUUAUAUGGAACGUGUCCAUAAAUCUUUUAAGAGAGAAAUCGAUACCGGUGUUGCCAUUUUCAAUAAUGAGAAGUUUAAUGUUUUUAUACUUUGUAAAUAUGGUAAUUACAUGGGUCCUUUAAGAUUAUAACUAAGCUCACUCAAAAGGUUAAUCCCUUUUGUACAUAUCUUCAGUGUUGAAUCAACGUUUAAUCAUAAUGAUCAAGUCUGCAUAUGCUGAUAAACACCAAAUCUCAACAGAUUAUUUUCUAUUAUUAUUGUUAUAUUUUUGUUUGUUUCUCACCUCAUGUUUUAUGCACACUGAACAUUAAACAAGAUAACAUUUUCAACUUCUUGCUAAUCAAAAUGAAUUUAAAUGAAUAUUGAUUUAUGUUUGGGCUGUUUUUCCUUACAAACUUUGUACCACUUGUUUCUGGAUCAUUCAUAGAAAAUUUUAGCAUGCAUAGUAGACAUUGGACAAACAUGUUUUUUUUUUUUUGGUGGUAAAACUUUAUUAUUCAAAUCUUUGAAAGGUCUUAAUUCUUCUGAGGGACCACUGAAGGAUCAUCAUUUCCAGAACUUCCAAAAAAGUUUGGCAGUCCUUUUUUAAACGCCAUUUGAAAUGUUUAAUGUCUAAAGCCUUAGGUGGUGGAGGUGUUGAGUGCAUGUACAGCUUUGUUAUUUGACUCAUGCGAUUACUCAAACCUGAUUGGUUAUUGAAUCCUGGUAAGUCAAAUGUUUUGUACUGUGAUGCGUGCUCACAACAGAGCCUGUGUACUGUAAAUAUGUAUUCUCUGUAAAAUCACAAACAAAUUCUCAAUGCAAAAAGAUAAACUCCUUAUUUGACAUCCUGUUUAAUGCUCUGUUCUAAUAGCUUUUGUCAGUAUUUUAUAUGUGCUGUUUUCUUUAUUGUCUUGACUGAUUUUAAAGAAAAGCAUGAUCUGUUGAGAAAAUAACAUCUUGAAUCUCUGAUGGUGGUUUAAUGGUUAUGGAUUGGUAAUUUUAACAUUUUAGAUUACCUGUAAAAACUAUUUAUAAACUGAAAAUUUGAUGUUUAAGUUAUGUAAAGGUUGAUAAAGCUAUUAUGAUGGUAUGAGACUUUUGGAACAAACCUGACUUUUAGAUUUUUUUUUAUUUUUUUAGAUGGUCACAUUAUGGCCAUACUCAAUAAGUAGAUAUAGUCUAAUAUGUGUUAAUGCUUAUAAAGCUCUAUAGCAUCCUCAUCUCACAAGCACAGGAUCAGACUCAUGCAAUGUGGAAGACUGGCUUAUAAGCAAAGGCUUUGUUACGAGUAAGAUUUUUUUUUUUACAAACAUUUGUGAUUCAGCUAUCUUCAUUUAAAUCAUCUGUUGUUACUUUCUUUUGGUAAUUUUGGACAGAUUCAUAACAGUUUGGUGGGCCGGUGGAUAUUUGUGCCAUAUUGUUUUGUAAAAUAGAGCUUUUAAAUUGACAGAAAGAUGCAUUGUAGGGAUGGUGUAUGAUGAUUGGGGGCUUUUAUGUGAUCAUUCCAAAAAAGGAGUAUGACUUAUUUGUCUAACUUAAAAUUGUUGCAAAACUCUGUUAAUGAUGAUUUGAAUAAACUUUAUUUUCCUUUUCAA